AUUCAUAGUUCGUACUUUCUCUGAAAUUUUGCCGGAAAAUCUUCGAGAAAAUGGACGGAAACUUAGAAAUCUCCCUGGAUAAGCUCCCAAUCAAACGCCUAGAAGCUAUUGAAGAAAACGGCGCCGAACGAUUCCCAUCUGAUGUUGGAUAUGAGGAGAAGAGAGUGAAUUUGAUUCGGAGAAUAGACUUUGCGUUUGCGCUGGAGAGAGAGGAGCCGAACAAAAAGCAGAAGAAGAGUACUUCUACAACGAAGGAGACGACGAGUACAACAACUCAGCCAUGGCCAUGGCAAAGCUUGGUCGAGAAUUUACAGUUGGCUCAUCAAGAGCUCUCUGUCAUUAUCGAUCUCAUCAACACCGUGGAGGCUAAUGAUGCCGUGACAGUAGCUGGGAUGACAAGGCCAAAGCAAUUACCAAAUGAACUUCUGUCUGAUCUUGCGGUGUCCACGGCAACCAAGCUACAAUGCUUCAAGGUAAUAAUCCUUGUGUUUUUGUGUGAGAGAUUUCAGGUUUGCCUGUGUCGGUAUUGUAGUCACAAACUUCCUGUUCAUGAAAUUUUUUAA